UGGAGGGCCGUCGAUGGUGCGUGUUCACGAGUUUGCAUGCGAAGCGAAUACGAUGUACGCGCGUGCGUCCGCGUUCACCGCGACGCAGGAAUCCGAGGACGUCGGGGUGCGUAGCACGUGAUCGUGCGUGGGUGCGUGAGACUUCGUGCGUACGUCCGGGGCGCGGACUGCGCUUUACGGAUGACUUCGGUAACGCCACAAACAUGGAGCCUCUUCGAGGUAUACUUUUCGAGUGUCGUUAAGGAUCAUCAUGAGCGUCGAUGGAGAAAAUCACGAUUGUGUCCUAGAUCCGUGAUUCGAGAUAAAAAGGGAAAGAAAAGAAGAAAGGCAAAAAGGACAAUUAGAAAAAGAAAGAACGUCAAACCGGUUGCGAAUUCAAUUAAAUCUACUGUGAUUAGAGCCGAUAUUGCUUCGAUUAAGUGUUCCUGGAGGUGACCGUAAACAGCAUGACAUUGAUAGUGAUAGCCAUCGUCGUUCUAUCCGUCUUGGCUAACGUCUUGCUAGCCGACCUCGAUCCUCGGGGUACCAGAUGUGGCGAGAUACUUUGCGACAUCUCGCAAUAUUGCAGCCCCUUUGAUCUACAUUGCAAAUCAUGUGUGGAUGCGUGUAACGUCACGAGCCACAAUUAUCAGCCAGAUGAAUGCAAGAAAGACUGUCAAUAUUAUCUUCAUGAUCAGCGCUAUACUCAACGCAUGGAUCAAUCAAGACAGUACGAUGAUCUCAGAGAAGAGGUCGAGAAGCUUAGGUAUAGGUUCGUGAUCACAACGAUUUUGACAUGUUUUUCACUGCUCGGAAUGUUGUACCUACUGGGAAGAACCUUAAUACGGUGGAAAAGGAUUCAACAGUCUUUACAGACUGUAUUCAGAAGAAAUAUAAAAGUGAAGCAGGCUAAUAAGAACAAAGUGCAAGACGACGUCGAGGCCGCGACGAAUAAGCAAAACGGUCUCAAGUUGACUAUACCAAGCAUAAGUGCCACGGUGGAGCAAGAAUCCAAGAUCGAGAAUAAUAACAGUAAUAGUAAUAGUAAUAGUAAUGGGAUCAAUACUACACCAAACACCACGAGCACUCCUCUCUCACGACGGCACGCUAGCGAGGAUACAACUCUCGAUUAUGCUUACGAUAAUCCGGCGAUGACACCGAGCCCAGACUCCGCGCAGCUUAAGACGAAGGCUCGCGAGAGUUCGUUUUAAG